UCCAACCCGUGCAUAAUGGGCUAACCCAGUCCAUCAGGCCCAGUUGGUCACCAAAAGUUUCGGCCGACGCAAAGAGAAAAGAAAAGAGAAAUCACACUAGCACAAGCCACGCGUCAUCCAAUUCGGCCGUCCCUAAGACAUUGGCGUUUUCCCCGGCAUUAUUUUUAUUUUUAUUUUUAUUUUAGUAACCAACGAUCACAAAUGUGCACUGAAAUCACAUCAGUAAUCAGUAAGAAAGAAGACAAAAACGAAAAAGAAAGAAACGAUAUCAGCAAUUUUUUUUGUCAAGACUCAAAAGAGUUCUACAAAUUACAAAGAGAAGAAGAAAAAGAAGAAGAGAAGAGAAGAGAAGAAAGAUGCCAAGCAGCAGGUUCUCGGGAACGCUUUCGAGUCCAAAGGUGGAUGUGUCGAUCGACACCGGCAUUCCUUUCAUCAACCUCACCGUUGAUGGCUUCUUGAAGAUCGGAACCAUUGCAGCGACGAGAGUUGUUGCUGAGGAUACUUAUCACAUCGUCAAAAAAGGAAGUGUUUCUCGACACAAUUUUGAGCACACAUUAAAGAAGAUGUGUAAAGAAGGUGCAUAUUGGGGGACUGUAGCUGGACUUUAUGUGGGAAUGGAGUAUGGUAUAGGGAGAAUUCGCGGCACCAGAGACUGGAAGAAUGCCAUGAUUGGAGGGGCAGUAACUGGAGCUUUGGUAUCUAUAGCCACCCAAAAUAACAAGGACAAAGUUCUGACUGAUGCCAUAACCGGCAGUGCCGUGGCGACUGCUGCAGAAUUUAUUAACUAUCUAACCUGAAGUAUUGGAAGUUGUGUUCUAAACCGUGUAUUUUCAUUUCAAGUUUGCCAGAACAAUGUAGUCACUCUUGCUUGUUGAAUCUUGUUAGGUUGAAAGAAUAAGAGGUGAACGUUGAUUUCUAAAUAUUUGGUGUAAAAUAGUGUUUUGUGUCAUGUACACUCGUACUCUGGAACCCUCCCCUGCAGAGGUUUGCUACUUGUUUUGGUUUAAAAUCUCUAUCAGAUACUUGAUCAA